CUGUGAUCAUGCGUCAGAAAGUGAGAUUUCUUUUUGUUUUAUCAUCACGUAGGUAACGGGGAAACUUUACCAGCCGCGUGUCAAAAUGUUCCCUCUGAAAUAUUUUGGUCAAAAUGUAAUUAGAGCUUUAAAUAGAAAUGAAAUAACUCUGUUAAGUCACUGUGUUAAACGGACUCUAUCUACUAAGGUUGCAUCUCUGACUAAAACAAGCCACAGCGACACAGUCAUGAGUCCCCUACUGUCAGCAAAUCUUGAGGACUCGGAUCCUGACCUUUACAAAUUGAUCGAAAAUGAAAAGAUUCGCCAGCAGCAUGGUCUAGAGAUGAUUGCUUCAGAGAACUUUACGUCUACAGCGGUGCUGCAAAUAUUGAGUUCGUGCCUAACUAACAAGUACUCGGAAGGUCUUCCUGGAGCUAGGUACUACGGAGGCAAUGAGUACAUUGACGAGAUUGAGUUGCUGUGCCAGUCGCGUGCGCUGGAAGCAUUUGGCCUGGACCCGCAGCAGUGGGGAUGCAACGUGCAACCGUAUUCUGGUUCCCCUGCCAACAUGGCUGUAUACACUGCAUUGCUACAACCCCAUGACAGGAUCAUGGGACUGGAUCUACCCGAUGGUGGCCAUCUAACUCAUGGCUUUAUGACGGCCAACAAAAGGAUAUCAGCCACUUCGGUGUUCUUUGAGUCAAUGCCGUACAAAGUCAACCCUAACACAGGGUUGAUAGACUACGACAAACUUGAGGAAACUGCACAACUUUUCAAACCCAAAUUGAUCAUUGCUGGUAUCAGCUGUUAUUCUCGGUGUCUAGACUAUAAGAGGUUUAGACAGAUUGCAGACGCAAACGGAGCCUACCUAAUGUCAGACAUGGCGCAUAUUUCUGGAUUGGUGGCCGCUGGGGUGAUUCCUUCGCCUUUUGAGUACAGUGACGUCGUGAGCACAACCACACACAAGACUUUGAGAGGACCUCGUGCCGGGAUCAUAUUCUUCAGGAAAGGAGUGAGAUCAACGACCAAGUCCGGUGAGAAGAUCAUGUACGAUCUGGAGAGCCGAGUGAACCAGGCAGUAUUCCCAGGUCUACAGGGAGGACCUCACAACCACCAGAUAGCAGCCAUGGCAACGGCUUUCCUUCAGGCCAAGACUCCAGAGUUCCGGGCCUACCAAGAACAGGUUGUGAAGAACGCAAAGACACUGUGUGCAGGGUUGCAGCAACGAGGGUACAAGAUCUCAACGGACGGGACAGAUGUUCACUUGGUGUUGGUAGACCUGCGAAACAUCAAGCUGUCUGGAUCCAAAGCUGAGUUUAUCCUGGAAGAGAUUAGUGUGGCGUGUAACAAAAACACGGUUCCUGGGGACAAGAGCGCAAUGAACCCUAGUGGCAUCAGACUUGGAACUCCAGCUCUGACUACACGAGGCCUCAAGGAACCAGAGAUUGAAAAAGUCGUCGAUUUCAUCGACAGAGCUCUGAAACUUGCGUUGGAAGCGCAAAACCUUUCCGGCCCCAAGCUGGUGGACUACAAGAAAGUUGUUUUGGAAGACAAUUCAAUUGCUCCAAAAGUGAAAUCUUUGCGGAGAGAAGUGGCAGAAUUUGCUGGACAGUUUCCAGUACCCUCUUUUCAUGAGCUGUGAAAUUCCUCUGAUCAUUUCUUUUGGAAUCUCACUCUGAAUAAUAUUCAGUAAAGAACAAAAAGAUCUUAUGGAAUGAUUUUGUUUAGCAAAGGGAAAUUUCCUUCUUAACAUUUGAAAAGUUAUUUCUCCAAAAAACUUACGCACUAGUUAAGCUUUUUCCUCAAAUCUUUUGAACGAGUCAUUGUAACUUUGAAUUCGUCCUACCAAACUUACUUUUUGUGCCAUCAUAAUAAUUAUGAUAAGCAUUAAAGUUGUUAAAAAAACAUGAAAUCACCAUUCAGCCAUUUGAAAAGUAUCUCUUUGAAAACAGAACUCUUUGCAUUUUAUACUGUAUUCUGUUAAAUAGUUUGUUAAUGUUUUAAUUAGUCCAGGUUGUCACAUAAAUACCGUGAAAAAUGUACUAUCUUACCUACUGUGUUAAACAGAAUUAUGUAAAUGCAUGCACGUCGCACAAUCUAUCCAUUGCAUCAAUGAAGUCCUUUUUUUCAGUUAUGAUUGUUUUAAUUAAUUUUUAUCACAAAGUAAUUGCUCAUUUUGUGUCUCCGUUUUGUUAUUGAAUUUAUUAUUUUUGUUAUGAAAAUAUUUUUGUUUUUAGAUGUAGAUUUGUAAUUUUAUAUAAGGCAACUUAUAAAAGUGCACUUAACAGUUUGUAUACUAACUGUAAUUUAUAUUGUAUAUGUAUUUUAGUAGGAAAUUAGUGUUUGGAGACGAUUAAUUCUAGUUCUGUUAACAUUCCAAGCAAUAUAAUUGUGAUGCAAGUCUUGCUUUUGUUAAUUUAUCCAUCUAGUAUUGUUGCUACUUUGUCCCACUAUGUAUACACUAUAUUUUUUCCGGUGUUAUGAACAAUAAAACUGUUGUAUUGUAAUUUGUAA